GCGGAGCCCCGCCCCGCUCCCGGUACCGACCCCGGCCCGCGCCGGGGUCCCGGCCAUGUCGGGGUCCCGGUGUCCGCGCCCGGCGCUGCCGGUGCUGCGCUGGCUGCCGCGGUACUCCCGGGCGUGGCUGCCGCUGGACCUGCUGGCCGGGCUGGCCGUGGGACUGACCGCCGUGCCCCAGGCGCUGGCCUACGCCGAGCUGGCCGGGCUGCCGCCGCAGUACGGCCUCUAUUCCUCCUUCAUGGGCUGCUUUGUCUACUGCCUCCUGGGCACGGCCAAGGACGUGACGCUGGGUCCCACGGCCAUCAUGUCCCUGCUGGUGUCCUCAUACGCCUUCCACCAGCCCGUCUAUGCCGUCCUCCUCGCCUUCCUCUCUGGCUGCAUUCAGCUGGCCAUGGGGCUCCUGCGCCUCGGAUUCCUUCUGGAUUUCAUUUCCUGCCCUGUCAUUAAGGGGUUUACAUCAGCUGCUUCCAUCACCAUUAGCUUCAACCAGAUCAAGAACAUCCUGGGGCUGCAGGGCAUCCCGAGGCAGUUCUUCCUGCAGCUCUAUGAGACACUGCGGAGGAUCGGGGAGACCAGGGCUGGGGACGCUGUGCUGGGGCUGAGCUGCCUGGCCACGCUGGCAGGGCUCCGGGCCAUGAAGAGCCACCUGCCCCAAGCUGCCCCCACAGAACCACUGGCUGUCAGGAUCAGCUACCUGAUUGUCUGGAUCGCUGCCACAGCACGCAAUGCUCUCGUCGUCCUGUUUGCUGGCCUGGUGGCUUACUCCUUCCAGGUGAUGGGCUCCCAGCCCUUCAGGCUCACCGGCAGCAUCCCCCAGGGCCUGCCAGCCUUCCGGCCACCACGCUUCUCCCUGGCAGCGCCCAACGGCACCGUCCCCUUCCAGAGCAUGGUGCAGGACAUGGGGGUCGGGCUGGCCGUGGUGCCGCUCAUGGGGCUGCUGGAGACCAUCGCCAUCGCCAAGGCUUUUGCCUCGCAGAAUGGUUACAGGAUUGACCCCGACCAGGAGCUGCUGGCUCUGGGUGUUGCCAAUGUCCUGGGCUCCUUCGUCUCCUCGUACCCCAUCACGGGCAGCUUUGGCCGGACGGCGGUGAAUGCUCAGUCAGGGGUCUGCACCCCCGCGGGAGGGCUCCUCACAGGUGCCCUGGUCCUGCUGUCCCUGGCGUACCUCACCUCUCUCUUCUGUUACAUCCCCAAAGCGGCGCUGGCCGCCGUCAUCAUCUCGGCCGUGGUGCCCAUGUUCGACGCUGGCAUCUUCCGGACGCUCUGGCGGGUUAAGAGGCUGGACCUUGUGCCCCUCUGUGUGACAUUCCUGCUCUGCUUCUGGGAGGUCCAGUAUGGAAUCGUAGCCGGGGUGCUGGUUUCUGGGGUGCUCCUGCUCUACUCCAUUGCCAGGCCCCCGAUAAAGGUGUCAGAGGGGGCCGUGCUGCUGGUACAGCCAGGGAGCAGCCUGCACUUCCCAGCCGUGGAGCACCUGAGGGACUCGGUGUGCAGCCGUGCUCUGGCAGCAGCAUCUCCAGCACGCUCUGUGGUGCUGGACUGCUGCCACGUCAGCAGCAUUGAUUACACGGCGGUGCUGGGGCUGGCAGAGCUGCUGCAGGAGCUGCGCAGGCACGGCCUCUCGCUGGCCUUCUGUGGCCUGCAGGACCCCGUUCUCCAAGUCCUCCUGUCUGCAGGCUUAGAAGGAUUCCAGCAUUUCCCCAGCUGGGAGGAGGCAGAGCACUGCGGGGGAGCAGAGCCGGGGGGCAGCAGGGCAGAGCCCCUCAUCGGCACCGCCGAGAGCACCGGGCUCAUCCAGUGAGACCAGUUUGGGCUGAGUGUCCUGUGCCACCCCAGUGACACCAACAGCCUCCGUGGGAACCACCUGCCCCAGGCAGGCCUCUGGGCGUGGGGAUGGACUGUCCCCAUGUCCCACACUGAGAUGGACAGAGCAGCACCAGCCCAGCCCCACACGGGCUGUGGGACAGAACUGUUCCCUGUCGCAGUGACCAGUGCAAAGCCAUCCUUCCUCCAGGGAGCUGCUCUCAUUUUUUUAAACAACUGUUUUAAUUCUGGACUUUUCCAUGUUCUGUGCCACUCCAGUGGUGAUGUAGGCUGCGCUCUCAAAGCUGUUUCAGGGCUGCUCUGCUGCCCUCCAAGCGAACACAGGGGCUCAGCCUCCAGCUGCUGGGAGAGGGAAAACAUCUGGGAUUGUGCUCCUUACUGAUUUUUAUCUUUACCUUUUUUAUCCUUAUCUUGUCUGUGGGGUGUUGUGCCAAACACUGCCCCAAACACACGGGUCAGGGCUGGGCUGUCACCCUGGGGUGCAGCCCCUGGCCUGGGCCCUGCCGAGGGCACAGGCACGGUGACACCAGGCUGUGUGAUGGGGACAGCACCUGGUGGGGCUGGGCAGGGUCAGGAAUUCCAUUUCCCUGAACUGCCCUCGGCCGACAGCGAGGUUGUAAUAAAUCAGAAACUGCUAAUGA